CAAAAUUCCUUUAUUUGUUGUGAUGAGUUAUUCGGAAGACAACAUGUCUUUGAGUCUAGUGUUAUUCCUCGUGUUUUGUAUUGGAAAAGUUUUGGGCAAUUUUUCGGUGAUUGUUAUCGGGGCCGGGCCUUCUGGUAUCGCUGCAGCGACCAAACUUUUGCAACAUUCGGUCAAUGUCACGGUUUUGGAGGCCGAAAAUCGCAUUGGAGGGCGAAUUAACACCGUCAAGUUUGGAGAUGGGUUGGUUGAGCUAGGGGCUGAGUAUUGUCAUGGGGAGGUGGGAAACAUCGUCAAGGAGCUGGUCAAUGGUUAUGAUUUGCUUGAGCCCAAUUUUAAUUACCUCAAUGGGGAGAUUUACUACUCGAAUGGGUCUAAACUGGACCAUGGGUUCGUGCGGGAGAUGCAGGACUUGAUUUUGAGCGAAAACAAGGAGGAGAAUUACGAUACUCGGGGGAAAUCGAUUGGGGAGGUUUUCAUGCACAAAUACAAUUCAACCCUUGUCGAAAAAUACAAAAGCGACGAAAAUAAAUUGAAACUGCUCAAAGAAGGGUUGCAUUUUGCCGAACGUUCAAUCCUGAUUUCUGAAGGUUCCUUCUCAUGGUUUGACGCUUCGGCCGACUCCGAUUGGUUGGAGUGUCCCGGGAACCAAACACUGGUCUGGAAAGGGGUGGGUUACAAAACCGUCCUUGAAAUACUGAUGAAAAGUUAUCCCAACCCGGACGAAAAACUGCCCUUAGACGAUAAAUUGUUCCUCAAUUCUAAAGUAACGAAAAUCAACUGGGGGGAAAAACCCAUUAAAGUCCACACUUCUGACAAGGUUUACUCCGCCGAUUAUGUGAUUUUCACUCCUUCAAUUGGGGUUUUGAAAGCCGGGAGUGACUUAUUCACCCCUUCUCUCCCGCCUAAGAAACACAAAGCCAUCGAUUCGAUCGGUUUUGCUGGAGUUGUUAAGCUUUUUUUGCGGUUUCCGGUCAAGUGGUGGGAUGACAAUGACAAGUAUUUCGCCUUUUUCUGGAGUGAUGACGACUUGAAAAGUGAGAAUUUCCCGGAAGGUCCCCGGAAAAACGGAAAAUCGUGGGUUACCCAGCUGUUGGACUUGUCCCGAGUUGGGCACAACACCAACGUUUGGAUGAUCUGGAUUUCGGGAGAGAUGGUCCCCGAGAUUGAACAAUUGCCCAUUGAGACGUUGAAAAAGGGGGUGAGAUUCACCCUUGAGAAGUUCCUCGGCAAGGAUUACAACAUUACUGAAAUAGGGGAAGUUUUGAGGUCUGGUUGGGUCACUAAUGAGAAUUUCCGGGGGACGUAUUCGUUCACCCGGAACGGGUUGUACCAGAAAGGGGUGUCGUAUCAGAACGACUUGGCGGAGCCGCUCGAAGGGCUGUUUUUCGCUGGGGAGGCCACAAAUCCGGUGCAUUUUGCGACAGUGCAUGGGGCUAUCGAGAGUGGCCAUCGCGAGGCUCGAAGAAUUCUCGAUCCACGAAAUAAAAAUUAGAAAUUGUACGAUUAGAGGUCAAUAAAGAUAACUAACACAAACAAGUCGUUAUGUAAUUAGUUUGAGCUUGAGUUUAGUAAAAUAUGUUGUUUGUU